ACCAGGGCAGUGAACGCUGAACGAUCGUUCUAUCAGUGAUCGUUUUCCAUUUACCAACUUCCCAGUUGUUCCUGUGAUCUCUGACUAUUUAUUCACGAGUUCUUGACGAUUCUGUGCCGAACUUCCGACAAGGUUUCACUUACCUCCCGCAUUUAACAUGGCCGAACCAAUCAAUGUUGUUGUCACUGGGGCUGCUGGUCAAAUUGCGUAUUCCCUGCUGUAUCAGCUGGCCGCUGGUUCAGUUUUUGGACCAGAACAGCCCAUCAACUUGAGGCUGUUGGAUAUUCCCCCAAUGAUGGAUGUCCUCCAAGGUGUCGUCAUGGAACUGGAGGACUUGGCACUCUCACUUCUCAGAGAGGUAACACCCACUGCUGAUCCUGCAGUAGCCUUCAAAGAUGCUGCAGCAGCAUUCUUGGUUGGCGCUAUGCCUAGAAAACAGGGCAUGGAGCGCAAAGAUCUCUUAGCAGCAAAUGUAAAAAUUUUCAAAGUCCAAGGAGAGGCUCUUGAUAAAUUCGCGCGAAAGGACAUCAAAGUCUUAGUGGUUGGUAAUCCAGCAAACACCAAUGCUCUCAUCUGCUCCCAUUAUGCGCCGUCAAUUCCAAAGGAAAACUUCACAGCCAUGACCAGACUAGACCAAAACAGAGCUCAAGCUGCUCUAGCCGCCCGUUUGUCCGUUCCGGUUGACAAAGUCGAGAACGUGAUUAUUUGGGGUAACCACAGCUCUACCCAGUUUGCUGAUGCUUCUCAUGCAGUAGCAACUCUCCCAAGUGGUGCUAAGCCUGUUCCCGCAGCUAUCAACGACAAUGCCUGGUUGAAUGGAGAAUUUCUUGAGAAAAUUCAAAAACGAGGAGCAGCUGUGAUAGCUGCUCGCAAAAUGUCAUCAGCUAUGUCAGCUGCCAAGGCUGCUGGAGAUCACAUGAAGGAUUGGUGGAUCGGUACACAGCCUGGAAAAUGGGUCAGCAUGGGAGUAGUGUCUGAUGGCAGUUAUGGUAUUCCCAGGGAUAUUGUCUUUUCAUUCCCUGUCACGGUUGAGAAUCAUCAAUUCAAGAUUGUUCAGGGCUUGUCAAUCAGUGAUUUUGCACGAUCUAAGUUGAAUAUCACAGCUAAGGAAUUGGAAGAAGAACGUACUGAAGCCAACUCUGUUCUUGAACAGUGACUAGAUGACGGAUCAUGUGGGUUUGCCAGAAGGGCGCGCACGCCAGCAAAGCUUUGAGCUAGUUACAGUUGCUGGUGUUAGAAAUAUAUAAAUAAAAUUAUAAAAGAAGAUGUACGAACAAUGUUAUUUUGUAUCGAAGUUCUAAGAAUUCCGUUAUAUAAGAAGUUAUAGAACGUGUAUUAUACGCAUGGAAAUAUGAAAACUAUAACUACACUGUUAUACUUUAGGGUUAAGACAAAUGCUCAAGAGACAGGAAACUCGGGGGCAGCAUUUUACACUAGGAGUAUACGUUCUUUGUUCCUGUUUCUGUAUUUAGAUCAAAAUUCAUAUCGUUGUGUAUUCAAACCGACCUUUGAUUUUCACAUCAGUAUAAGUUCAAUUACUGCAUUUAUUUAUACAUGGAUCAACAAUUAUACAAAUAAAGCCAUGUAGAGUCACACCUCACUGUUAUAGUAGCACAAUGUCUAGUACCCAAAGUCGAUAGAAUGUGUACUCGUGUAAAAAUGUAUCAUGGUGAGCGGUCAAUAAAAUGUUAUCGAUAAUAAAAAA